AUAUUACGGUUCAUGUUGCCAGGGAGGGACUGAAAACUAUAGACACAAUGGAGCUGCAGUGACCAUGUAUGUAGCAAGUGCUUGCAUUUGUAACCCAGAGCAUUAUGUAGUGUCUCUCAAACUGUCAGCGUAAUGCUAAAGAGUUUUCGUCCUGGGACUAGUAUCAGUGAGCUUACUGUUGCCUUUGCAUUAUCGAGCUAUCUCCGUAAGUGACACAGGAUAGCGGCAGUGCAGUGCACCGUUAGCUAGCUAGAGCGUUAGCUCGGUAUUAUAGCGGUCUUGUUAGUUUUAAAUAUGGAGUUUCCUUUUGACAUAAACCAAUUAUUCUCCGAGAGGAUCUCUGUCAUGGAUCAGACCCUGAUUGCAGGCCGCAAAUCUGCAGGAAGGCCAGAUCUUCAAGCUCACAUAGCCACAGUUAUUGAUGAACUUGGGAGGGCUUCAGCAAAGGCUCAACAGCUUACAGCACCUAUAACAAGUGCUUCCAAGCUGCAGUCCCAGAGGCAUCAGCUCUACCUGCUGAAGGAUGGAGAGAGCAGCGGAGGACGCGGUGUGGUUGUGGGAUUUCUGAAGGUUGGCUACAAGAAGUUAUUUUUGCUGGACCGACAGGGUGUGCACAUAGAGGCAGAGCCGCUGUGUGUUUUGGAUUUCUACAUAGCAGAGAACCUGCAGCGAAAUGGCUAUGGGCUGGAGCUGUUUGAUUUCAUGCUGCAGCACAAGAAUUUAGAACCAGUGCUGAUGGCUUAUGACAGGCCCUCACCUAAGUUGCUGUCUUUCCUGGCAAAGCAUUACUGCCUGACACAGAGCGUUCCUCAGGUCAAUAACUUUGUGGUGUUUGAGGGCUUCUUCCUCAACAGAGCAGUGGCCCAGUUGAGAAAAGUUCCCCCCAAAAAACCGGACGGCGAGAUCAAGCCUUACUCUUUAAUGGAGAGAGAAGCUGUUCGUCAGGAGCAGAGGAGUCUUCCCUGGCCAUUUGCUCCUUCCCACUCCCCCCAGCGGUCGGUAUACUCCCAGUACUCCCACUCCCUCAGCGUCGGAUCCUCCCCCACCAGGGCACCCCCCCGAGUCGCCCCACCUUCUUCCCCUGGGGGCAACAGGGACCAGAGCCCACGGUCACCUCUCGUCGAUCGCUGCAGAGCAAGACGCACGAGCCAACAGGGUCUAGUUGCCAGAUGCAACUUAUACAGUCGGCACCUGGACAGCAGGGCUGCUGGACUGCUGGACAGACACUCUACAGGUCUGAGAGCAGUGGGAGAUCAGUCAUACACACUGGGAUACACAGACACAUGCAGGUUGGCCAAUAUUCACUCACAACAAAACAGGACCCAGCCUGUCUUGCUUCCGCCUCUCUCUACAUCCACGAAGAAUAGCAUCAGCAGCCAGGCCUCCUUAGACAGGAGAGAAACACAGCGGGGCACACAUCCUGAAUCCUGUGGCUCUGAAGAGGAGAUGAAGGUGUUGGACAGUUCACAGCAUCCAGCAGGAGGCAACCAGAGACCUGUGUUGAAGGAGAAUGACAGAGUUGAAGACAGAGACUUGUCAUGGGUUGCAGGAGUGAACUGCUACACUGCCCAGUGGGUGAAGCAGAAGCAGGAAUACAGGAGCACUCGGCCCUGGUGAAUGUGUGAUGGCCAAAAUGUUGAUGCUUAAAAUGCUUUCAGACAUUUUUGAGUUGAAGCUGUGACUUUUGAGUUGUUGAUGGCCCUGAUGCAGUAAUUUAUUAGUGAAGUGAUGAGAAGUGCCCAAACUCAGUUCAGGGAAAAUUACACUUCCAGUCUUUAAAAGGGAUUUUAUAAUGUCUGCUUUGGGUGGCCUCCAAAGAGUUGUUCCAACGGUCAACUAGUUCAUCUCAUCCAGUUGACCAGGACUGGAUAAGAUGAACUAAAUAUAGAGCAGCUUUAUUGUAGCACUCAUCCAUACUAAUUGAAAUAUUGGCUUAUUUAGUCAGUGGUGUUACUGGCUAACUCAGGUCCUUUUUUCAUUGCAGUAGCCUUUGCACUGAGCAUAGUUAGUUGAUUCAGGGAAACAAAGAGUUGCACAAAACAGAAGUAAGUAAUGCCACCUUGGUCCAUAGUGACUGCUGUGUUUUAAGUAAAUAACAGCAUCAAAAAGAAUCUAAUAAAAUUGUUUUGAGAAUUUAAUUUUGUAUUUUUUCUAUUAUUUAACAAAUGGAUAAUCGUCUGUUUAAUUUUCAGUUAUUCAGAUUUGGGUUGUUGUAUCCAAAACAUCAAAGAUUUUAAAAGAAAUAAUGCAAUACAAUACUCCUAAUUCUCCAUUUCUGUGUUUUGUGUGUAUCUACCAUCAACAAGCAGCCAAAGACACAUCACUCUGUGUCCAGGCAACCUUUAUGCUGACAGAUUACCUUGUUUUAUUUUGUUUUUUCUUUUCCUGAAGUGCCUUAGUGAGGCAUUGGUCUACCACAUUCUGCCAGAAUGACUUCAUAGUACCUUAGCAUUGAUUUUCCAAGUCUCUGAAAAGAGGGAUGAACAUCAGUGUUCCAGAAGGUGUUCCCUCAAUUAGUUAUUUGAUGGUGUUGAGUGUGUAACACUGAGUCCAAAUCCUCCAGUGGGUGUUUGGCUAUAUAGUGCAUGUGACCAUGCAGUGAACUCUGUGUUAGGUAUUAUUUUAAAUGGUAACUCAUAUACCACUAUACUUGUACUGUUGAUGUUUUCAUGUAAUGAUACAAAUCCUUAAAUAUCUAGAUGCUAUGGUAGAUUAUAAAAUGAAUAAAUAAAACAUCUAGAUAAAGGCAUUAUUGCAUUAUAAUGGCAGGGUAAUGCAUGGUCAGAUCUGCUCAUAGUACUACUAACAGUGCGUGUGCCUCACUAGAUCCGUGGCUGGCCGUAGGUUGCCCUGCGUGCUGAUGGUACAGUCCAAACACAAAAGUGGAUAAUUACUAACUUUUACUGAGGCCAGCUCCAGACUGGAACAGAGCCCAGGCCAUAUCCAUAUCCACUAGCUCAGGCUCCUUCCCCACCAGAGAGGUGACAUUCCAUGUCCCGAUAUCCAGGGAUCGUCCCGACACACAUUGCACCCAACGCCUACGACACGUCCUGUGUGGUGGCCCUACAGGAGGGCAGGCCCACGUCUCUUCUUUGGGCUGUGUCCGGCCGAGCACCGCAGACUAAUGCCCAGCCACCAGACGCUCUCUCUUGAGCUGGCUGGCUGGAUGGAUACUCAUUUUUAAUUUUUGUACAAAAAUAAAAUUCUGAAAUAAAUAAUAAAAAACAGAGAGUGAUGUAUUUGUGCAGAAAUGAAAUAAAAAUUAUUCUAGUUUCAAACUAGAUUGUCCUUUGUUUUAAUUUGACGAACUGAACAAUGACCUGCAAAGACUCGCAUGAAUAGAACUUCCUGCAACUUUCCAGUAACUGGAUUUUCAUGAAUUAAUGUAAACGUUUGUAAUAAACAUGACCUUAUCACACUGUAGACCUUUACAGCAGGAGAACAUAUAAACUCAGCACAAAAGUUAUGAAAUUUGUGUUUGGUUGAUUAUUUCUUGUAACAAUGCUUCUCUGCAUGAAAUCUUAUACUGCUGGAAAGUCUGUUUAAAUGGAGCAACAUUUGUAUGGAAAAUGCGUUGGUGAGUUGUGCCAAUGAAAAAUGUGCCAAAUCUCCUCUGCCAAUGCCAAACAGCUCAUUCUGCUAUUUUUACCAAGUGACCAAGCUGGUAACCAGCAUGAGGAGGAGGUGCCAGGCUGCUGUGACUGUGUAUGGUUCUUCCGCAUGCUAAGGCCCCUGUUUGUUAAGUGAAUAAGUUGUUAAAUUGACAAUUGAGUCAGUCUGCUGUGGAGUUCCUGCUGAAGAGGAACAAACAACCUAAGCCAAAGACAAGAAUUCAUAUUAGCAUAUAUCACAUUGGGCUCAUAUAAUGUGCUUUCAAACAACAUGAACAUCAAUAUUUGAUAAGACUAACACAGGAUACAGACUCUAUUUACACCAUAGUACUUGAAUGGCAGCCACCAGAGGAAUAAAAGAUGCACAGUUUUUCUUGCUAGACAGAAGUGCUAAUAAGAUGAUUUCUUUAAUACAGUUUCCCAAUGGUCCCAUUAAUUCCUGAAUUUGAGCACUUUGCUAGAUGAACCCUCUUCAAAAACCAGAGGGCAGGGAGAAAUUUUUAGCUCCUCUUGUUAUUUAUGGAUGUUCAAAGCUUUGUUACAUCAUCAGGGCCACAGCAGGAGCUGUGUACACACAUUUCAUAGUGUAUUUUCAUCAGUUAUUUUAAAAAAGAAGAAAGUCUUUUCCUGAAAUGUCAGUGUUUACUCGGUCAGCUCGUACAGCCAAGCCUUUGGCAUUGAUUCUGAUUAGUGCUGCUAUUUCACAAGCAGCGACUUAAGUGCUUUCAGCUCAUGUGUCAUGGGACAGAUAAACAUGCUCUCUGUGCUGCUGUGUUAUUACACAGCAGUAUAUAAUAUAAAGC